UUAUUCUAUCCUUUUCAUGUAGAAAAGAUUUUAAGUCUGUAGCCUUUACAUGAGUUUUAAUACAUAUUAUUCACCAUGAAGCUUAAAAAAGUGACAGUGACUCUAAGACGAUAAAUGCAUUUUUUUCUAUUAGCCUGUAAAAAUCUUACAACUAGUGGCGCCGUUUGUAACCGUUGACCAGCGGGUGGCGCCACUCGAGAGGCCAUGUUGUACAGAUCAAUUUUAGCAUAACUUCAUCAAAUGUGACUCUUCUUUUUCUUUCAUCAGCCUUAGUUGCACUUAGUCUGCCUCAGUCAUCAUGCCGGGUGAGCAGGAAUACUCUGAGUGGAUAUUUCUUGGCUGGACGGGACAUGGCCUGGUGGCCGAUUGGAGCGUCUCUGUUUGCCAGUUCAGAGGGCUCAGGUCUGUUUAUUGGUUUGGCUGGGACUGGAGCAGCUGGAGGCAUCGCUGUCACUGGCUUUGAAUGGAACGCCACCUAUGUGCUGCUGGCUCUGGCCUGGGUUUUUGUGCCUGUCUACAUCUCCUCAGGGAUCGUGACAAUGCCGGAGUACCUGGGCCGUCGUUUCGGGGGAGAGAGGAUCCGAACUUACCUGGCUGUCCUCUCACUGCUGUUGUCCGUCUUCACAAAGAUAUCAACUGACCUGUACUCUGGAGCCUUGUUUGUUCAGGUGUGUCUGGGAUGGAACCUCUACCUGUCCACAGUCCUCAUGCUGGUGGUCACUGCUCUCUACACUAUUGCUGGCGGUCUUGCUGCUGUAAUCUACACUGACACUCUACAGACAUUUAUCAUGAUUGUAGGUGCAAUCAUCCUAACAAUUACUGCCUUUAACAAGAUUGGUGGCUACAGUAACCUGGAGCGAGUUUACAGUAUGGCGGUGCCAAGCAAGAUCAUUCCCAACAGUACCUGCCACCUGCCACGUCAGGACGCCAUGCACCUGUUCAGAGACGCUGUCACUGGAGAUCUGCCCUGGCCUGGCAUGACCCUGGGGCUCACCAUACUGGCCACCUGGUACUGGUGCACUGACCAGGUGAUUGUGCAACGGUCCCUGUCUGCUAAGAACAUGAGCCAUGUGAAAGGAGCAUCUCUCCUGGCUGCCUAUCUGAAGAUGCUGCCCUUUAUCUUCAUCAUCCUCCCUGGCAUGAUCAGCCGUGCUCUCUAUCCAGACACUGUAGGGUGUGUUGACCCUGAGGAGUGCGUGCGAGUGUGUGGAGCCGAGGUGGGAUGCUCCAACAUCGCCUUUCCCAAACUUGUCAUUGAGCUCAUGCCAAGUGGCCUGCGGGGGCUUAUGAUAGCGGUGAUGAUGGCUGCUCUGAUGUCAUCACUGACCUCCAUCUUCAACAGCAGCUCCACACUGUUCACCAUGGACAUCUGGAAGAAGCACCGCCCCCGAGCCUCAGAGAAAGAGCUACUACUGGUCGGCAGGAUCGUGACUGUGAUCUUGGUGGUGGUGAGUGUGGUGUGGAUCCCCAUCCUGCAGUCGGCCAACAGCGGCCAGCUGUACGUUUACAUCCAGUCAGUGACGAGCUACCUCGCUCCGCCCGUCACUGCUGUCUUCACUCUGGCUGUCUUCUGGAAGAGGACCAAUGAGCAGGGUGCGUUCUGGGGCCUGAUGGUGGGUUUGGUGGUGGGUGUGUGUAGGAUGGUGCUGGAGUUUGCCUUCCCGCCUCCCAGAUGCGGCAUUGUGGACUCGGCACCCGCGGUGCUGCGCAGCGUCCACUACCUCCACUUCGCCAUUCUGCUCUGCGGCCUCACUGCUAUUGUGGUUACCAUAGUAUCACUGCUCACGCCGCCGCCCAGCCAUGAACAGGUGUGUAACCUGACCUGGUGGACUCUGACUGAAGAGCCUCAAAGAGAAAUUCCUCUACAGAAAGUGUCGUCUGUAAGCCAACGUACUUCCCAAGGCUCUGAGCUGGCGCGGCGGGGGGGGGCAUGUGGUCGGGGGGCGGGAUUGUGUAUCGCAGCAAUGCGGCGAUCAGAGGAGACUCCAGCUCCCAGGGUUCCUAGCGUCAGAGAGAGCGUAUUCUGGUCUAGAUUCUGCUGUGUUAAUGCGCUCCUGCUGGUCAGCAUUAACAUUUUUCUCUAUGCAUACUUUGCCUGAGUGAAGGCGCAGAUUUGAACAUCCUGCCUCACCCAAAUCCUGCUGAACACCAGCCAAUACCCCCAAAGGAAGUAGAAACUCUGCCCACCUGCCAAACAGCCGCUGAUUUCCCCACAUCCGAUAGGAGGGAGGGGCAUGACUUUAUCUGAAUCCUUCAGAAAUCAAGGGAAUAUAUUCCAUAAAGUGAAGCCUGCAAAUGUGAAUUCAGGUGCAUUUAAGUAAAAAAAAACAUUUGUCUCGUCUGUGUAAUCCUAUAAAAUGUGUUUUAAUGAUAGAAAAUGUUAAGAAACUUUAAUUAUGCAUCAGAAUCAACAUCAAAACACACAUAAUUAGAGCUGCAACUAAUGAUCAUUGUCAUUAUCCAUUAAUCUGCCUUAUUUUUAUCAAUUAAUCGAUUAAUCAUUUUGUCUAGAAAAUAUCAGAAAAUAGUGAAAAUGACCUUUAUAAUAUCUCAGUCAGUCAAAGGUGAUGUCUUCAAAUGUUCUUUCUUUUGUCCGACCAACAGUCCAAAACACAAAUAUACUCAGUUUACUAUCAAGAAUGACAAAGAAAAGCGUUACAUCAUCUCAUCUAAGAAGCUGAACCAACACAUUUUUGGCAUAUUUGCUUAAAAAUUACUAAAACAUUAUUUUGAUUAUCAAAAUAAUUGCAGAUUAAUUUCUGUAAAUGGACUAAUCAUUCAGUCCUCUAAUCGUUGUAGCUCUACUUGUAAUGAUUGACAAUCACAGGAUACAUAAAAAAUGCAGCGUUUCACAAUGUUUUGAAAUCCUGAGCAGCUCCAGCUGGCAGAGUCAGUGUUGUCUUUAAAAUUUAUUAGGCAUGCAGUAUUUCAACAGAUGUGCUUUGAUGUUUAUCUGUUCUUACUAUUUCUACAGUGCAGACUAUUGUUUUUCCCCAACCACAAUAUGUGUCCCAUCCCACCCGUUUCAUUGUAUAAUCUUGUUUACACAUUUUUCUGUCUUGAUUUUGGAGCAAUAUGUAAACUUAUGUCACUACUUUGACCAAUAUGGUUCCCUGAUUUGAUUUGUGGAAUCAAAUUAGACAAAACUUUUAACAAGCAAAUACAAAUAUGCAGUUUAUACUUGACGCAAUAUCAACAGUAACAGAAACGGUAUCACACUUCAUUGUGCACUUAAUGUUAACAAAUGUUUGUGUAAAUGAUAUAGUAGAACACUUAAAGUUGUUGUGGUGUGUGAUUUAGAUCAUUUUGAAGCUACUUUGUAAUAUGUUAAUGUUAAUUACAGUUUUAUGUUCAAGACCUUGUAUGUUUGUUAGUGUUUGCAAAUUUAAUUUUUGCUCAAGCAAAAGUUUUUGAGAAGCAGACUUUUUCCUCUCGUGUUUAUUUGUGUGAUUUUGCUUGUUUUAUGAAUGUCUCUCAGCCUUUUUCUGGACUCUGCUUUAGGUCCCAACAUUCUCAGAAAUUCAGCUACAGGAGAGUUUCAAGUUGUCAUGUUAAUCUGAGUAUGGAAAGACUCUUUUGUUCUGUAUUCAAGAGCACAGUGGAUGCUCCAAAUGGAUUAUAUAGAAAUAGAAAUUAGAGGGAUGUAAAAAUAUAUGUUUCAUUAAAAGGUAUAUGAGACUAAUUACA